AUGCCGUACAUCAUGCUGAUCCACUGGAUCGCCGACUUUCUGUGUCAAAGCCGGUGGAUGGCCGAAAACAAAAGUAAAAGUCUGGCCGCACUGUCGGCCCAUGUCGGUGUUUACCUGGCAGUGCUGGGAGUAGCGAGCAUUCCGAUGCUGGGCCUGGGUCCGAGCCUGAAGUUUGCCCUGCUUAACGGCGUGCUGCACUUCGUCGUCGACUUCUGCACCAGCCGGGCGACGUCGUACUUCUAUCAAAAGCAGAACACGUACGCAUUCUUCGCCACCGUUGGAUUCGACCAAUAUCUGCACUUCUUGUGCUUAUGGUGGACGCUGGAUUGGAUUCGUCUUGCAGCCGGAUCGGCGAUGAUAGCAGUACGAAGCGGAUUAGUUGCGAUUUUACUCUGCUGUUCCACCUGGGUAGCCGGCGCCGCCGAAUUGCCUGAGAAAGCACCCAUCGGCGAUAACGUGCUCCGCGCGUUUCACGGUGCAUUGGAUCAGAAGCAGUACGACCUGGCAGAAAUCAUUGCCCGAGGCAUUCUGGCUAAGCAUGGGGAAGAGAAUGAGUUUGGCCAGGUGAUGCUUACGGAAAUUGAUGCUGUCCAAAAGCAUAACGAAGGCCCCCGACUGACGUCGAAGUAUUUAACGGAAACCAAGGUUUACAACGUCGCUGACGAGUUGGGUGUCGAGGAUUUCAACACCAAAGCGAAGAAGCUGAUACAAGACGCCACCAAGGAAAUUGGCCCACGCUGGCAGAUUCACAACUGCUCGGCGGCACCGUUUACAACCAACUUAUCUCUGGUGGUCUCUGCUCCAGGCUUUCUACAUCAAGAGUUUGCUGAAUACAUUCG